UUGGGUCAAAGUGACAAGUGCUGAGAAUACAUUUACAGUAGCUAGCUGCAGGUUUGUGUUAUGAUAUCAUGUACGCUAAUAAGUUUGGUCGCCUCGUGUUGGGGCUGUACAGCCGCAAGACGGCCGCGGUAGGGCGGAGCGGGUUCAGCUGGGCUGCGGUGUGUCAACAGCGGACACUCUUGCCGCAGAGGAGCGGCUGUGUGAGGACCCAGCUACAUGCCACUGUUCCCUGUCGCUUCAGUGCUCGGUCAGCCUCCCAAAGCACAGUGGAUCCCGAUGAGGUGAGACGGUUCCAGUUACUGGCCGGCAAGUGGUGGGAUGAACAGGGAGAAUUUGCAGCUCUUCAUGCCAUGAAUGACCUGAGGGUGCCUUUUAUACGGGAUAAUCUGCUGAAUGUGCACAGAACACGUCACCCUGGGAAACCACUUGGAGGGCUCAGAAUACUGGAUGUGGGAUGUGGAGGAGGCCUGCUCUCAGAGCCCCUAGGUCGCCUUGGGGCAAAUGUGUUGGGUAUCGAUCCAACAGAAGAGAGCAUCAGCACAGCCCAGCUGCAUUCGUCCAGUGACCCGGACCUUCGCGAUCGGGUCUGCUACAGGGCAUGCACACUGGAGGAGCUCUCAGCAGAAGAGGAGGGAGGAGAGAAGGAGGAGCAGUGUGUGGGCCAGUUCGAUGCUGUCGUAGCCUCUGAGGUGGUGGAACAUCUGGCCGACCUGGAAACAUUCGCCUCCUGCUGCAGCCACGUGCUGAAGCCAGGCGGCUCUCUCUUCAUCACUACUAUUAAUAAAACCAACCUGUCAUACGCGCUGGGUAUUGUUGUAGCUGAGCAGCUGCUGCGCAUCGUUCCCAGUGGGACACACGACUGGGAGAAGUUCAUCAGCCCUGAAGAGCUGGAGCGCCUCCUGGAGUCCAAUGGUUUCUCAGUACAGUCUGUUCAAGGAAUGCUGUACAACCCAGUAUCAGGAGCCUGGAGCUGGACUAACAGCACCGCCAUCAACUACGCCCUCCACGCUGUCAAAGUGAGAGAUGAUCCCCACACAGAGUGGGCUGAGGAAAGCAGCUCCCAUCCAGGGGAUCACACUGCAGCCACACACAGCUGAGCCAAACGACUGGAGAACAACAAAAACAACAAAAAAACAUUGAUGUGUGAAGCCCUCACUUCCCCGUGGGUCAGCUGUGAUGCAGCGUAUGAGACUGAGGUUAUCAAAGGCAAAGGGGCAAAGAGCCUGGAGACAGAAUUAAAGAUGUACUGUAUAAGACUGCAUUACGCUGUUGGUGUUCUCUCAGCCUUUGAUUUACUAUGAAGUGUAAUCAGUUUAAGAUGAGCUUUUCAAGGCAACUGUACACACUCUAAUUGUGUUAUUCAGUAGCAGAGCUAUAUAACCACACAGCAGCUGAGUUUGUAAUGCUCACAUGCAUCAUUUACAGAGUAUACCGUUGAAUCAGCUUCAUAUUUUGGGUAAAAUAUUUUGUGAUUUGCCAUAUUCUCUACUGAAGUUGUUGCAUUUCUGAGGAGUGAAAAUACAACAGUGAAGAAUCUGAUAGAUUUGGUCGUGGCUGAAAACAAUAAAUAUGAUUUCAUGUUGUU